UGUCGCUUUAAUAUGCGCCGGGUCUGUCAGUUAUCAGGCCCUGCCGCCCUGGGGCCGUCGUGUGUGGAAGGGUUCUCGUUUCGCCGAUUACCGAGCUGGGCUGUUCCUUCGACCUUUCAUUCAUGAGCUGCUCGCCUACUGCCGCGUUGGGACGGUCUUUUGUUGUCCUGAUCUGCGCCCGACCUCACAGCCGUGUCAAGUGUGGAGCUGAGCUGCGCUGAGCCGUGUAAGACAUGGCCGGCGACGAUCCUCUGCUGAGCCCGCCCGCGGGGAGCUCUGGCAGCGAGAUCCUCCCAUACCGUAUACAUGUGUCCAACAAGUAUCUCGACAUUACACGACAGAAGCUGGAGCUCACCCGGCUUCCCCAUGAGCCCCGCUCCAAGGACUGGUGGGAACCGAAGCCCCAGGUGGAAUCGCUGAUCGACUUCUGGCAGGAGCAUUACUCGUGGCCGAAUCACGAGGAAGAGCUCAAUUCUACCGUGCCCCAGUACCGCACAAGCUUCCAGACGCCUCCGCCAGUAACACCCGUGAGGGUUCACUUCAUCCAUGCUCGAUCGCGUCACGCGAAUGCAGUUCCGCUACUUCUUAUUCCCCCAUUCCCUUUGACCAACCUAUCCUUAAUCCAGUUCAUUUCACCCCUCACCGCCCCCGAAGAUGCCGGGACCCAACAGCCCUUCCACUUGGUGAUUCCCGCGCUGCCGGGCUUGGGCUUCAGUGACCCCUUGCCCAACAGCGCACCGCCGAUUUCCACGACGGCAAACAUGUUGGAUGCACUGAUGAAGAGGCUCGGCUAUCCGCGCUACAUCGUCUCCAACGCAGGACCUGCGUCCAUGUCGCCUGCCAAGAUUGAUUGGAGACUUGUCAAGCAUCUCUCGCAGCACUAUCUGGAGUCGUGUCGGGCUGUCCAUCUCAUCUCUCCACCCUUGAGCCCCCCGAAGAUUCAGGAGUCAGCAGCCGAAUGGUCGAAAUGGAAACUUGCGCGCCUCUUCAGCUCGCCUAUUCUGGGAUACUCCAAAGAAGACUUCUCCGCAUCCACAAAAGUCGACAAGUCGCAGUCCAAGGCUAAGAAGGAUUCGCCGCUUGGGCAACUCAGCUCAGGGGGUUGGGAACCGAACACGCCGUCUUAUGCCCUGUGUGACUCUCCAACGGGACUUCUUCUCUGCGUCUUGAAGACUUUGCGGACUCUCGGCCCCAGGAGGGAGUUGAAACCGGACGACAUCAUCACGUUGACACAACUAGUAUGGUUGCCCGGGCCCGAAGCGGCACUGCGGUUCUGGGCGCAUUGUGCAGCUCAGGCUGAGCCGGUGGAAUCCAACAAGCCAACUACCAAGCCCAAGGCUGCCAUCACUGUGUUCCUGGGUAACGAGGAGCAACCCGACCAGUCAAAGACAUUGCCUCUCCCUGCGAAGAACGCAUACGCCUGUCCUAGCUGGGCAAGGACGGAGUUCCAGGUGAUUCACUCGAAUCGAGUGGCAGGGAAGCCCGGUUUCCUUGCGUGGGAUCGACCUGAUGUCAUUAUAGACGGCGUGAGGGAUCUCGCCAAGGCCAUUCUAGCUACGGACAAGAGCAUGCAAGCCUCAAGUCAGCCUGGCACUGUUCCUCAGCAGCAGGCCGUUGCUCAGCCCGAACGCCCGACGCUGACGCCACCAGCCCCUCUUCCAGCGGAUCUAUCUGGAUCAACAGUGCAGGGAACGUUUGGAACGAUAGCUGAGUCGGCGGACGAAACGACGGCUGAGACACAUUCCCAAGAUCCGGUGAAGCCGUCAGCCAAGAAGGCUGUUGCCGGCGAGGGUCACAACGUCGCCCUCCCAGAGACUCCAAAGAAAUCGUCCAGGGUUGAAAGCCCACAUUAAGGCAGUAGGUUAUCGGGAUGGUGCUUAUAUCAUAAGAGUGCUGUAAUAUGAAUGGGGCAUUAGUAGUCUAGUAGCAAUAGGGAAGGGAUAUGAUGAUGACUGGGUAGGUUAAUCCUCCAAGGAAGCAAUUAUCGUUCAUUUGGUCAAGUAUUUAAUAGAUGGGCUGAAGGGUGACUGGGCUCUGCAGGCUGGCGAAAUUGUAAUUACACAAAAGCAUGCCGAUAUACAAAAAGCAUGCAUGAUAUAUAUACCGC